CGCGGCUUCUUACAGGCUGAACCGGCACUGUAGAAUUUGAAUAGGGUGAGGCAGUGACUUUGGCUAGGACCACACGGCCUGUCUGUGGUUAUGUUAAGCUAUGUAAAUGAGAGGAAUUUUCUAGCUAAAAGAGCAUAGCACACAAAAUAACAGCAAUCAUAUGUCUAACAUUUAAAUUUAGUAUUAUAUAAUGUAUUUAUUGUCAGCUUUCACUUACUGAGAUGUUAGAUAUAUAGGCUGUUUUGGAUCACCUGAGUCUGACAGAUGUGUGAGGGAUUACAUCACAGGCUAACAGGUGUGUGUUGUGUGUGUGUGUGUGUGUGUGUGUGUGAGAGAGAGAGAGAGAGAGAGAGAGAGAGAGAGAGAGAGAGAGAGAGAGAGAGAGAGAGAGAGAGAGAGAGAGAGAGAGAGAGAGAGAGAGAGAGAGAGAGGGUGGAGCUGAACUACAUAAUUUCUUUUUUCCGGUUUUGAAAACUGCGUCAACAUUUCAACUAGUCCACGAUUACACUCCGUUAAACACCGGCAGAAAAUUCUAUUUGUUUUAGAAGGACUGCACCCUAACAAGCCAAAAUGGAUAAGUUUCGUAUGAUGUUCCAGUUUCUUCAAUCCAACCAAGAGUCGUUUAUGCACGGUGUUUGUGGCCUGAUGGCUCUGGCUAGUGCACAACUCUACUCCGCUUUUGAGUUUAACUGCCCCUGUAUGCCUGAAUACAAUUACUCCUAUGGAAUUGGUGUAUUGCUCAUUCCAGCUGUUUGGUUCUUUAUGCUCGGCUUUGUCCUGAACAAUAACGUGUCUAUACUUUCUGAGGAAUGGAAGCGACCAGCAGGUCACAGAGGCAAGGAUCCUUCCAUUUUUCGCUACAUGUUCAUUUCUGUAUCACAGCGUUCGUUGAUUGCUCCUGUGGUUUGGAUUACGGUCACAUUAAUGGAUGGAAAAAGCUUUCUUUGUUCAUUUAGUAUAGACCUGGAUUUUUCUGAGUUUCUUUCCAGAAAUUAUACUGGGCAUAAUCUCACGGAAGCAGAAAUGAUAACGUUGCUUGCCAAAAUCCCUUGCAAGGACAUAUUUGAUGGACAUCAUCUUUUAUCUAGAGAAGCAGCCACCAGGUAUAUACGAUGUGUGUCACAGGCAUUCGGCUGGCUCUUCCUGUUGAUCCUUACGUUAAUCGCUUUCACCGUCCGUGCCAUGCGGCCUUGCUUCAGCCAGGCUGCGUUCCUCAAAACAAAAUAUUGGUCGCACUAUUUUGACAUUGAGCGCAAGAUGUUUGAAGAGCUCUGCGCGGAACACGCCAAAGGUUUUGCCAAAGUCUGCAUCCAUCAGUACUUUCAGAGUGCCAGUGAGGACUUACACGGCCAAAAAGGGCAUGACGGUAAAGAGGAGGAUGAUGACAACUCUAAUGAGGAAGACAAACUUCUAGGCAUUCACAACCAGGAUGAGAUGAAUCAGGUUUUGUGGAAUUGGCACAUAUCGAAGCCUCCAUUAAGUCUGAGAAAGCCUGGUGCCGGUGAUGGUGGUGGAGACAAGAAAGCAAAUGGGAUGAAAACUGGCUACGACAAUGUGACAUUUACCACGGAUCAAAAGGAGAGUGGAUAUGUCACGACCAAGAAUGGAAAUAGCUACAUGAACGGUAACACUCACAUGAACCAGCGCAGCUGGGAUGUAUGUGAUCAUUCAUCCGGCAUUAAAAAGAAAGAGUGGGCUGUUUAUUACAGCAAGGUCUGAAGAUCUUAGUGGUGGAGAUACUGCUAAAUGAUUGUCCAAUGCGGACACAAAUCAGCUGCACUAAAUUUU